CGCCAAGGAAAAUCUAACAAGCCGCAUGGCUGCUGGUUGGUCGGAGUCGCCGCAGCCAAAGGCUGCCUCUGAGGGGCCGGUGGUAGGACCUGCCGGUGUCCUGCCUUGCCUGGAGCUUCCGACUUAUGCUGCUGCUUGUGCGCUGGUGAAUAGCCGCUACUCCUGCCUUGUGGCUGGGCCGCACCGAAGGCACAUUGCCCUAUCGCCCCGCUACCUUAACCGGAAACGCACGGGUAUUCGAGAGCAGCUAGAUGCCGAGCUCCUGCGCUAUUCCGAGAGCCUUUUAGGUGUCCCAAUUGCAUAUGACAACAUCAAAGUUGUGGGUGAACUGGGAGAUAUUUAUGAUGAUCAAGGACACAUUCAUCUUAACAUUGAAGCAGAUUUUGUUAUUUUCUGCCCUGAACCAGGGCAAAAACUUAUGGGUACAGUCAAUAAAGUGUCGUCUAGCCAUAUUGGCUGUUUAGUACACAGGUGUUUUAAUGCCUCCAUCCCUAUACCUGAGCAGAUGUCAGCUGAGCAGUGGCAAAACCUGGACAUAAAUGUGGGUGAUGAACUAGAAUUUGAAGUAUUUCGUUUAGACUCAGAUGCUGCUGGAGUAUUCUGCAUUCGAGGAAAACUAAAUAUUACUAGUUUACAAUCCAAGUGCUGUAAGGUUUCUGAAGAAGUAGCAGAAAUCAGCACAGAGAAAGCUGUUGGAAAAAUUUCAAAGAAAAAGAAGAAAGAUGUGGAAGCAUAUGAAGUGGAUGGUGGUGCCACAGAAGUAGCAGAUUUUGCUGAUGCUGCUCCAAAGGAAGAGGCGGUCCUACAGAUUAGUGAUAAUGUGACAAGUCUCUGGGAGGAAGAGCCAAAGAAGAAGAAGAAGAAGAAAAAGCACCAGGAAGAGCAGGACCCCGUUUUCCAAGGCAGUGACUCUAGUGGUUAUCAAAGUGACCGUAAAAAAAAAAAAAAGAAAAGAAAAUAUAGUGAAGAGGCUGAACUGACGCCAGUUCUGGAAUACUCACCUAAGAAGAAGAGAAAAAGUAGCAGUCUAUAGUGCAUUUUAAAUGAGAUUCAUUUGUUAAAAUACUGACAGAUGAAUAAAUGUUUUGAAUGAUACAGAAUUCUUAUUUAUACUAGUGAUUGCAAAAAUAAUGAACACUUGAUUGGAAGUUGGGGGAUUUUUAUACUAAAAUCACAAAACAGUAUAAAUUAAUUUGGGUAAUACCAGUAUUAUUAAAGUGCCAUUUUGCUGCACAGUUUAAAAUGGUAAAAA